AUGCUCUUACCACUGCUUUUCGCCGGCUGCGUGUUUUUUUUCCUGCACCAGCGGCUCAAUUACUACCGACGCAAACAGCGGGCGUACGAAAAAUGGCUUGCGAGCGGCAAGUUUGGCGCCGGGCAAAAGGUGGCGGAUAUCCAGGUUCAAAACAACUUUUUGCGCAACCCGUUUGGUCUGGUGCAGUUUGUGGAGUUUCUGAAUCGAACCAAGGGUGCGUUUUUUGUCGAUUUCGUCAACCAAAACUUCCAAAAGUACGGCUACAUUCUGCCCACCCGGACGCUGGGCAAGGUGAACAUCAUCACCUGCGAUCCGGAGCUGAUCAAAACGGUGCUGGCGACGAAUUUCAAGGAUUGGAGCAUUGGAAUCCGACGAAAGGCCAUGUUUCCCGUCCUGGGAAACGCCAUCUUCUCCGUGGAAGGAGACCAAUGGACCCAUUCGCGAGCCAUGCUGCGACCUCAAUUUGCCCGCGACAGCAUCGCCAACGUCGCUGAUCUCGAGCGGCACGUGACCCGCCUGAUCAACGUCUUCCGUGGCUACGGCGUCCAAUCAUUUGACUGCCAAAAGUACUUUUUCCAGUUCACGUUGGACUCGGCGAGCGAUUUUUUGUUUGGCGAAAGCACCAACUCGCUGAGCGUCCAGGACGACAAAAGCGAGUCAGAGGACACUGGGGAGUCGUUCAACGUGCUGACCCAGCAGGGUGAGAACGCCGAAUCGUUUGCCCAGGCCUUCAAGGUUGCCUUCACCUUCACCGCGAUCCGGUUGCGGCUACAGCAGUUUUACUGGUUGCUUCGACCCUCCAACAAAAAGUACCGAGACAGUAUCGACACGGUUCACAGACUUGUUGACGGAUAUGUGGAGCGAGCGUUGGAGAACAAGGAGGAUACGGACCGAUACAUCAUCUCCAACCAGCUGGUCAAGGUCUGCGACGACAAAAAAUACAUCCGCGACCAACUUUUGGGCAUUUUAUUGGCGGGAAGAAACACCACCGCCGCAGUUCUGGCCUGGAUCAUGUAUGAGUCGGCGCGACGGCCCGAAAUCUGGAACAAAAUGCGACAGGAGGUGACCGACACGUUUUCCGACGGCCCCGUGACCUCCGACGAGCUCCGCAAGUGUGUUUACGUCCGCUCGGUCAUCAACGAGGCCCUUCGUGUCUACCCUUCUGUACCCAUGAACCAGAGAGUGGCAGUGCGAGACACGUUUCUGCCGACCGGCGGCGGUCCUGACGGCUCGCUUCCUCUCUAUUGUCCUCGAGGAACCAAAGUGGCCUACUCGGUCUUUGCUCUACACAUGCGAGAGGAUUUCUACGGCUCCGACAGUCACAUUUUCCGCCCAGAGCGAUGGAACGAGGGAGUGGGCAAAGGAUGGCAAUAUUUGCCGUUCAACGGCGGUCCUCGAAUCUGUCUGGGCCAGCAAUUUGCGCUCAUGGAGGCCAGCUACACCCUGGUAAGACUGGUACAGGAGUUCGAUACCGUUGAGUUGGAUAUGGAGGUGGUUGAUCCUCCCCCGAAGAUGUCUUCCUUUAGUAUGGUUCAUCGCGAUGGUGUGAGGAUUCGGGUCAAGUGA